UUUUAUCAUUUUCAUACAAUAAACAUGUAUUUUCUAUACAAAAAUUCCGAUUUCAUAUUUACAAACCUGGUAUAAGCUUGCGCAAUACACAUUGUGGGUGUAAACACGAGAUGAAGGAAAUAUCUUUCUCACCUUCCACUCAUCUCUACAAUAUUCAGGUUGGCGAUAGAUGUCUUACUAUUCAGUGUGUACCUUCUGAAACAAUAAUUUAACAAGUGCAAAUUAUCUCCAAAUAACGUCGGCUAAAUUAUUCACCUCUCUUGUCGCUUGCAUUCAGACUAUAGAUUAUAAGUGGUGUUGAAAAUUCUACACUAUCAGAGCUAUCUUGUGUUCGACUGACGUUUUACAUUUCAGCAUGUCUGUAAAAGCAUACAUUAAUUUAAUUCGUUAUAACUCACGCUGUCUGACUUAUAUCAAGGGGAAAUAGGAUAGUAAAUAUUAACUCUAGACCUUUCAAGCUUCCAUUUUCAUCGCACAUUUUGCACGAAUAUUAUCUACGCUAUAUAUCCAGCGUCGAAUAAAAAUUUAUGACACGAUGUAUAGAGCUUCUCGAAUGAAAUAAAACCUCGCUGUAUCGUGUAUUCAAUUCGUAUUUCUCAUCGCAAAUUCUUCUAUUGUCGAUUAUCCGCACACAAUGAGGAAAAUGAUUCCUGAUAAACAUUAGUCAUCUACGAUACUAUUGUACAACGAUUCAGCGUAACUAUGCAACUGAAAGUAACACUGAAGAAGGUGAUUGCCAUCGUAAAGUUGAGUCUAUUUCUCAUAUGGUUUUGGCCGCUGCCAAAGAACGCUAGUACAGGCAAGAUGCUGUGCAUGAAGUUAUAUCAGCUCAUCUCUAUGAUAUUCAUCGUGACCGGGAUGGCAUCAAUGUUGUACGCUGUUGUGAAUAAUCUGUAUGACCUUAAUCUCUUUGUAAAAUCAGUUCUGGGUGUAUUCCCUUGCAUCCACAUUAUUUGGAAUAUUUUGUGCCACGUAAUUAUUUAUCGACGCUUACAAGUAACUAACAUGGAUAUUGUUUCUUAAAGAUAUAUAAAAGAUGUCUCCCUCUCU